AGCUCAAACGAGUCGCGACCGUUUUCCCUUCCGCUCGCUCCAGCGCCGCCGCGCCGCCGCCCCGUCUUCCCAUCUCCGCCGCCGCCGCCGCCGCCGCCGCUCAUUGCAGCCGGAGGAUCCCCUCCGCCAUGUCCGGCCUCGAGCGAGCCGAACCGUACGGCGUCCUCCUGUACUACAAGUACGCCUCCGUCGCCGACCUCGACGAGCUCGUCUCGUUCUACGAGCGGAACUGCAGCUCGCUCGGUCUGCUCGGCCGGGUCCGGCUCGCUCCCCACGGCGUCAACGUCACGGUUGGAGGCAAGUUGUCGGCGCUGGAGGGGCACAUCAAUGCAGUUAAGUCAAACGCUUUGUUUGAAGGGACGGACUUUAAGCUAGCUUCUUGCGAUCAGCCUAUGAAUGACCAGGUUGCAAAGGAGUGCGGUUUCACCUCCCUCUCUAUUCGCGUUGUUGAGGAAUUGGUAACGUUCAGUUCUCACCCCCUUGUGAGAUCACCUGACAUCUCCUUCGCUGGAAGGCACCUAUCUGCACUGGAAUUCCAUUCUGUCCUGCAAAGUGCUGGUAAGCUUCUCGAUGAGGGUAGUCCUGCAAGCAGUGAAAGGCUUGUCUUGUUGGAUGCAAGGAAUUUAUAUGAGACGAGGAUUGGGAAGUUCCACACACCAGGUGUGGAAACUUUGGAUCCACAAAUCAGACAAUACAGUGAGCUGCAUGACUGGAUAGAUGAUAACUCCGAACGUUUGCAAGGAAAACGCAUCCUCAUGUACUGCACAGGGGGUAUUAGAUGUGAGAUGGCGUCAGCAUACAUCAAGGGAAAAGGCUCUGGGUUUGAGAACGUGUAUCAGUUAUAUGGUGGGAUACAGCGGUAUCUGGAACAAUUCCCUGAUGGUGGAUUCUUUAAAGGGAAGAAUUUCGUCUUUGAUCAUCGGAUCUCUGUUGGGAGCUGCAAUGCAAACGUCAUCAGUACAUGCCUCCUUUGCAGCUGUCCAUUUGAUGAUUACUCUUCCCGUUGUCGUUGUGCUUCUUGUAGGAUGCUUGUUUUGGUCUGUGAUAGUUGCCGGCAGGUGGCAGGUUCCAUUUACACGUGUGAGCUUUGCCAAAAACACGGUAAACAUGGUCUUUCAACUACAGCAACCGAAAAUUGCAAGUCGGAAGCGCUGCCACAAGAGAUUAAAUUGAGCACUCUUUCAUCAGAGAGACAAGGUUUUGGCGCUUCUAGAAAGCUCAGGAUAUUGUGUCUGCACGGGUUCCGUCAGAAUGCCUCCAGCUUUAAAGGGCGAACUGCUUCCUUAGCAAAGAAACUUAGGAGCAUUGCGGAAUUCGUCUUUGUGGAUGCGCCACAUGAGUUGUGCUUUAUUUUCCAACCUUCUGUUGUUGAGGGACAUUCAGAGUCAUCAACAGAACACGGAGGUCCUCCUCCAAAAGAAAAGUGCAAUAAGAAGUUUGCAUGGUUAGUGCCGCCUGAUUUCACUGCAGGAAGCGAAGCAAAUUGGAAAGAAGCAGAUGGUCCUUUUGAUCCUCUUCAGUACCAGCAGCAGACAAAUGGGUUUGAUUCAUCAUUAGCAUAUUUGAAGUCCAUGUAUCUGCGGGAGGGUCCAUUUGAUGGGAUCUUGGGGUUUUCCCAGGGAGCAGCAAUGGCUGCUUUAGUGUGUGCACGCAAAGACGAGUUGAAAGGUGAAAUCGACUUUAGAUUCACCAUUUUGUGCUCUGGGUUCGCUCUCAAUCUAGCAGUAUUUGAGCAUGGAUCUAUAAAUUGCCCUUCACUUCAUAUUUUUGGAAGGGAUUAUGGGAGAGAUAGGCAGAUACCUAACAAGGCAAGUGCGGACCUUGCGGAGUAUUUUGAAAAUGGAAGUCGUGUGGUUAUUCAACAUGACAGUGGUCAUAUAAUUCCGACGAGGUCUCCAUAUAUUGACGAGAUCAAGAACUUCUUGCAACGAUUUCUCUAGAGGAAGUUCGAGGCGAGACAUCCAUCAUUUGGUUCUUGUUGACUUCUCAAAUCCCCACUACAUACUGUCUGUGCAAUUUUAUUGGCAGCGCCCCAAAGUAGUGCAAUUUUCACAAAUUAUUGCCUGCUAUAAUGGGCUGUUUGACUUUGUUCCCAUGGUAUGUAUCUCUUCUCACGUUUCAUCACUUUUAUAUUACUGAAAGCUACACUCCAUCAGUGAUUCUACAGAAUCCGAUGCCCUUGGGACUCGAAUCAUUAUAACGUGGAGAUUGGAUGCUUGAAUUUA